GUUGCUAGAGAUACCUCCUGGAGGCCACUGAUCUGUAAAAGGGAUCUCUACAGAAGAUGGGGAUUUUUGAUUGCCACAGAAGGGAUAUGUGAGAUCCAAACGCCCGAGGAGGAAAGCAGGCUCUGAAGUCUCUUCCAGCCCUGAUGGAACAAACUACCGAGCCUUAUUAUGCUAGGUGUUUUCCACAUGCCUAUUCAUUUAAUCCUCCAGGAACCUUGUAAGAACGGCCAUCCCAUUUUAUAUUUAAACAAACUGUAGCUACUGACGCAAGGAGUCAGGGAUCUAAUCCCAAAGCCUCUGCCGGGUUCGCUACAGAUGGAUGUCCGCGAGGAUGCCAGCCCUCCGCCUCCCGCCGGGUCUCUGAACGCCGGCCCGGCCGGUGCAACCUCAGUCCGCUUCCCGCCACCGAGACGCGAAGCCCCCGCCUUCCCCCAAACGUCUCUGCGCCGCUGGCGCCUUUCUGGCUCCGCCGCCUCCGACCCCAGGCCUCGGCCCCCGCCCGCCGCUCCGCUUGUCGUGGGAGUGAGGAGAACGCGUGCCGAGGACCCGGCCAGAGGGACAGCGGGGACCGCCUUCCCGCUGCGUCUCUGAGGGCGAGGCCAUUCCUCCCGCGUCUGACCCCCGUGGGGCCGUCAGGUCCGGGGCGGCCCAGGCUGCGGGUCCGCAGGGCGCUUCGGGCCGAGUCGGCGGGGCGCGUACGGGCAGAGAACGCCCCGAAAGACCGCUGGGGUGGGAUCCCAAGCUCCAGGGGCCUUUGGAAAUAAGAAUGCGGCAUGACGUUGCCUGUGCUAGCUCGGGGCGGACGCGGACCCUAUAACCCCAUCGCGGAACCCGGGCGGCCGCAUCCCCUCAAUCUCGGCGUUUCUCUCGGUCCGCGGCUCCGCUCAGCCAAUCAGCGAGUGGGCUCCUAGGCAGGUCCUGAGUGACAGCGCAGCGGGCUGGGUCAGGAGGUGCGCGUGCGCCGACCGGCCCGGCUGAUCGCUUCGGGCGCUCUACUUCUGUUGCGCAUGCUCAGCGCGCUGCCCGGCCGGGGACCCGCGCAUCUGCAGCGCCCGCUGCUCGGCCCUGCAUCCCGCCUGGGCAUCCUGCGCCCAGCCAUGACGGCGCACUCAUUCGCCCUCCCGGUCAUCAUCUUCACCACGUUCUGGGGCCUCAUCGGCAUCGCCGGGCCCUGGUUCGUGCCGAAGGGACCCAACCGCGGAGUGAUCAUCACCAUGCUGGUCGCCACCGCCGUCUGCUGUUACCUCUUCUGGCUCAUCGCCAUCCUGGCACAGCUAAACCCCCUGUUCGGGCCCCAGCUGAAGAAUGAGACCAUCUGGUACGUGCGCUUCCUGUGGGAGUGACCUGCCUGCCUGCCCCAGGUGCCCAGCUCUCAGAAUGACUGUGGCUCCACUGUCCCUGACAACCCCUUCGUCCGGACCGUCCCCCACACAGCUGUGUCUGGUCUCCAGCUCCCUCCUGCUGGCACCCAGAGACCCGGACCUGCAGGGCCUGCCUGGUUCCCGGAAGUCUUCCCAGUCUUCCCAGCCAGCCUGGGCCCUGGGGAGCCCUGGGCACAGCAGUGGCUGAGGGGAUGUCCUGCUCCAAUACCCGCACUGCUCUGGAGUUCGCCCUCUUUCCCAAGGAGAUGCUGCUGGGGAGCUGGUAUGGGUGGGGUCCUUCCCUUUACGGAUGGGGCAGAUGCCAGGACUCAGCCCAUCCUGAGGAGGACACGUGUCCGCAUGGAGGGUGCUCCGGCCCAGGCCUGGGAGUCGGUGCCCAGUCAGCAGCUCUGCCACCGUCCUGCUGGGAACUGGUGGGCCUCUAUUGGGUUAUAGGCAAGGCCUUUUCUCUGGCAUGGAAUUGUUAAUUUUCUGACACAUCUAGAUGUGAAACUUCUGAAAAUGUUGAAGUAGAGAAACAUUCACACACAAAAUGCAACAUAGUCAUAUGGGUCCAGAUGGCCUCGGUCCUAGAUAUUGGCACCCUUUGCUGUGUCUCCUCAGAAUACCCUGUUCCCCCUCCUCCCACCUGGACCUCCCCUCGGCAGAUGUCUUCCCUCCCGUACCCCAGCCUGUCAGUGCAGGUUUGACACGCUGCGCUGCACUGAGCACAGUGCAGGUUUGGGCCCUGGCUUGGGCCUCGGGCUGCAGUGGGGCUGGAUUUCAGAGCCUCUCAUGGCAGCAUCUAAGUGACCAGAGCUGGGAUGAGAGAGGGGAAGGGGCAGUGUGAGUGGCACUAUGGGGUGGGCGAGCCCUGUUCCUGAGCCAGCCCUGCCCUCUGCCCCCGGGCCCUGGGCUGUGUGCUAGGGAUGGGGAAGAACGGGGGCGUGCCAGCCUGGCAGGAGUGGGAAGCAACACGCAGGGGUCCCGGGCCUCUCCAGCCUUGCCCUCAUGCUUAACCAAGCUCCCGGUGUGGUUAGUGGUUAGCACAGAGCUCACCCGCCUUGCCUGGCUCCCAGCGGAGGGCCUGUCCUCACUGGUGCUCCAGGGGAAGAAACGCCCGCCUUGCUUCUCUGUGGACUGCUGAUCUGGCCUGCUGUCCUGUUCAGUGAGCACUGUCUUUGGAGCAGCAGGAGAAUAGGAUGCCUCUCACUCACAUGCCAGUUCCCGGCUGGCCCCCUGCUCAGGGCUCAGGCUGGGGCCUCCCAUUGACAUCCUCCCCCAACACUCCCCCUCCGGGCCUCCAUUGCCCCUCCUGUUGGGUGAGGGUGUUGAGUGUGACUUGUGCUGAAAACCUGGUUCAUAUCUAAUAAAUAAUGGUGAUGAAAAGAUUA